CGCUGAUUGGUUGACGCAGAAAGGCGGGCAAGGAUACCGAAGGAAGCAACGCCGAGGUCGCGCGCCCGCCGUCUCCAUCCAUAGCACAAUCCGCAUGGCACCGAGCAUCGUUGCGUGGAUCGAGCGCCAUGGCGUUGGCGUUGGCGUCGCGAUCAUUGCGAUCACGGGCCUCGGGCUCGGCUUUGCGACCGACGCGACCGACAACAUCCCGCAGCCGUACAACCGCCUCUCGUCGAUCGUGGGCUGGGUCUACUUUGCGUGCUGGAGCGUGAGCUUUUGGCCGCAAGUGUUUCUCAACUGGCGCCGCCAGAGCGUCGAAGGUCUCUCGCUCGACUUUCUCGUGUACAACAUUUUGGGCUUUGGCUGCUACGCGAUCUUCAACGCGGCCUUUUACUGGAGCGAAGUGGUCCAAGACGAGUACAAGCGCUACCACAACGGACUUCCGAACGCCGUCCAAAUCAACGACGUCUUCUUUGCGCUUCACGCGGUCGGUGCGAGUCUACUGACGUAUUACCAAACGACCAUCUACACGCGCGGCAACCAAGUGCUCUCGACGACGUGCAAGGUGGCGGUUGCGGUCGGCGUGGUCGGUGCGGCUGUCUUUUUGGCGCUCACGAUCGUCGUACCGAGCAGUGACUUCUUUAGCCUGCUCAACUUUCUGUACCUGCUCAGCUACAUCAAGCUCGCCGUGUCGCUCGUCAAGUACAUUCCGCAGGUGUACCUCAACUACAAGCGCCAGCUCACGAUCGGCUGGACGAUUUGGAACGUGCUGCUUGACUUUUCCGGUGGGCUUCUCUCGGUGGCGCAGCUCAUCAUGACGAGCUCGGUGACGCACGACUGGACCGCCGUGACGGGUGACCCGGUCAAGUUUGGCCUCGGCUUCACCAGUGUCUUCUUUGACAUUAUCUUUAUGGUCCAACACUACAUUUUGUACCAUGCCAACAAUGUGAGCUCGUCCGAGAACGAGCACUCACCACUGCUCAACCGUCUCUAAUGUCAUCCGAUUUCAAUAUAUAUCGUAAGAAGUUUAAUCCCUCCUAUAUGUUCAGGU